AUGGCAUCUUCGGAUGAUGAAAUUGAUACACAGCCAUUGUCCGUGUCGAAUUACCAUUUCGAAGAUGAUAAAGAUGCGCCUAUUUCAUUUUCUGUUUUGCCGAUUCAAUGGAGUGAGUCUGAGAAUCCUAAAGGGAAGAAAGAGAAGGUGUUUUUGCACGGUAAUGCCGAUAAUGGGCUGAAGAAAAUUUUUAUGCAAGUUAUAGCAUGGAGGUUUGAUCUUCUUUCCAAUGUCAAGCCUGAGAUAUCAGUGCUAUCGAAGGAUGGUAAAUGGAUCAAACUUCAAAAGCCAAGGAAGAGCUACGAGGAUACCAUAAGGACUAUUUUGAUCACUGUUUACUUCAUGCAUUUUGUGAAGAAGAAUCCAGAAACAUCAGCAAAAUCUGUGUGGGAUAGCUUGAGUAAGAAUAAGGAUUUUAGUUACUAUGAAGUUAAACCUUCGCAUAAUGAUUUGUUAAACCAUAUGGCUUUAAUGGGCGAAGCUGCCACAAAGGAUGCUGUCUUAGCAAAGUCCAAGCUUUUGCUCACAGUUCUGAAAGAUAAGGAUACAAUGAGGAUUAAGAAACUUUCCGAUGAGGAAGUUAAAGAGCUAGCACGACCUGGAUUCAUAAUUGAUGAUAUUGACAAUGAUGAAAUUGAUGAGACUGCUGCUGAUGAAGAAUCAGAUGAAGAGGAUGCGUUAUUUGAUUCUGUUUGUUCGAUUUGUGACAACGGCGGAAAUAUUUUGUGUUGUGAUGGAAAGUGCAUGAGGUCAUUUCAUGCUAAUAAGAAGGAUGGUGAAGAUUCUUCUUGUGCCUCCCUUGGAUUUAGCCGGAAGGAAGUUGAGGAGAUCCAAAAUUUCUAUUGUAAGAAUUGCGAAUAUAAUCAACACCAGUGCUUUCAAUGUGGCAAACUAGGCUGUUCUGAUAAAUUUGCUGGUGCUGAGGUCUUCAAAUGUGCUUCUGCAACCUGCGGUUUCUUUUAUCAUCCAGAAUGCGUCGGGAAGUUACUAAAACUGGUGGUUAAGGAUGCUCCAGCAGAACUUUUAAGCAAUAUAGCCAAGGGGGAGCCUUUCACCUGUCCUGCUCAUUAUUGCCGUAUCUGUAAAGAAAUGGAAAACAAGAACGAGCACGAGUUACACUUUGCUGUUUGUAGGCGUUGUCCCAAGUCAUAUCAUCGCAAAUGUUUGCCAAGAAAGAUUGCUUUUGAAGACGAUGAGGAUGAAGGCAUUACGGCUAGGGCUUGGGAAGAUCUUUUGCCAAACAAUCGCAUUCUUAUUUAUUGCUUAAAGCAUGAGAUAGAUGAUGAACUUGGAACUCCUAUAAGAGAUCAUAUAAAAUUCCCUGGUGUUAAAGAGAAAAUAAAUCCUGCAACCAAAGAAGUUAUAUCGAACAAGAACAAUGCUAAGUUAGAUGAUUUACUUGUCAAAAGAACAAGUGCUAAAUCAUCUAUAUCGUCUGGUAAAAUGUCCUCCGAGAGAGUUGAUAUCAAGAAUUUUAGAAAGAUAUCUGGAUCAAAUAUCCCUAAAAAGAAAGCAAAUGACGCAACAAGAAGGUGUUUGAGUGAAAAUAAGAGGUCAACUUUAAAGGAAACAGAAAGGUCUAACUAUGAGGAGAAUCAGGCCUCACUGGGUGUGCAGCUUUAUGAUCUCUAUCAUAAGGGUUCCGAGCGAAUUAAUUCUGACAACCAUGUCGAUAAUGUAGCUGAUAACACAGUGUCUGUUAAGCCUAAAAAGCCGAGCAGUGCACCACGCCAAUUAGACUUAGAUUCAGAGAGGAGAUUGUUGGCUUUGUUUAAAGAGGCUUCAUCAUCAGUUACAAUGGAGAAUGUCAUAAAGGAACAUAACUUUGGUUCUACUCAUGCACACUCGCUAAAAAAUGUUGUGGAGAAGACUAUUACAGUGGGAAAGUUGGAAGGAUCAGUUGAGGCUGUUCGAACAGCUUUAAGGAUGCUGGAUAAAGGAGAUAGCAUUCGGGAUGCAGAAGCUGUUUGUGGUCCUGAUGUUAUGAGUCGGUUAUUCAAGUGGAAGGAUAAGUUGAAAGUAUAUCUUGCCCCUGUUUUAUAUGGCAAUCGCUACACUUCAUUUGGUCGCCAUUUUACACAAGUGGAAAAGCUGGAAGGGAUUGUGGAUAAACUCCAAUGGUAUGUUCAGAAUGAUGAUAUGAUUGUGGACUUCUGCUGUGGUGCUAAUGAUUUUAGCAUACUCAUGAAGAAAAAACUUGAAGAUACUGGGAAAAGUUGCUUCUUCAAAAACUUUGAUUUACUUCCAACCAAGAAUGAUUUUAAUUUUGAGAUGAGAGAUUGGAUGACUGUCAAGCGAAAGGAGUUGCCUUCAGGGUCACGGUUGAUCAUGGGUCUUAAUCCCCCCUUUGGGGUUAAAGCAGCUUUGGCUAACAAGUUUAUAGACAAGGCUUUAGAGUUUGAGCCGAAGCUCGUGAUUCUUAUAGUACCUCCAGAGACAGAGAGGCUGGAUAAAAAACAGUCACCAUAUGAUCUUGUCUGGGAGGAUGAGAGGUUUCUAUCAGGCAAGUCAUUUUAUCUACCUGGAUCAGUUGAUACUAAUGACAAGCAAUUGGAGCAAUGGAAUGUAAAGCCACCCCCUCUCUCCCUUUGGAGCCGUCCAGACUGGACUGAUAAGCAUAAGCUCAUAGCCCAGGAGAAUGGUCACCUGUUCAGACAUCAUGAUGUUUCGAAAAAGGAAAGCUUUGAUAGGGAAAAAUCAUCUGCCAGUCAUACUAUGGAUGAUGACUACGUUGAUGAUACCAUGCUGGAUCGUAUGCUGGAUCAUGAUUUCUUGAAGUCAACUAAUGGUGAAGAUUGCUCAUUUAUGGUUGGACAGGUGCAACAAGGCUUGUCUCAUGGAAAUGUUGAUAGAAAGAGUCAAGAGAGACAUGAGUAUUUGGUGACUAAAGCUGAGAGCACCUCAUGGAAAAGAAAGCGAUCAGACGAAAAUGAUGGAAGAGGACCAGCUGUGACCUUACCAGCUAAAAAGCAAGGUGUAAAUGAAAUGCCUGAGGGAGUACUGGACCACGGUACCUCCAAUCCACUUGAUUCUGAGGGAAAUCAGUCCGGAUCAGACAUGAUACUUUCAGAUGCUCAUGUUGGUGAUAAUGGUUAUACACCUCUGGAGCCCCACUCUUCUGUUGGUGAUGAUGACCAAAGUUGGCCAAAUGUUGCUGAUUCCCUCCCUGAUUAUGGGUUGGCCGAUUUACAGGAAAGCAGUAGCAGGCAUAUGGAAGACAACAUAAGUAGCUUUGGAUAUAAACCUCAUCUCAGGGGGGAUGAUAGGUACCUGAGGGAAUUAGAGACAAGACAACAGAUUCACCAUCCAGGAUUUCAGAAUUCCGAUCCUACGAGUAGUAGUUAUCUAUCUGGCCAUGGUCCUGCUUAUAACCAAAUGGGAUCUACUUAUUCAGUACUUGGUGCAAGACCUGAAUUGCCUUACAUGAUGAAUGCACCAGCUAUGCCGACGAAUACACCAGCUAUGCAACGAUAUGCACCUCGUCUCGAUGAGUUAAACCAUGUUAGGACAAACUCUUUGGGGCCCGAGCAUCCUACAGUUAAUAGAAGUAACAUUUCUGAACGUAGUACUCCUCAACCUGGAUCUGGAAAUGUGCUGCCAGGUUUUCCAAAGUAUUAUGUACAUAGAUGA